UGAAAGGCCAGUGGCCACACAUUUGUUGUUUUGAGGAAAGCGAGUGGCCACACAUUUGUUCUUUCGAGGGAAGCCAGUGGCCACAUAAAUGAAGACGAACAUGUCGAUUUCCACAUGGAGAAGACAACUCUCGACCACACAUAGGAAACGGUCACACGCGCACGCAACAUGCAUAUAGGCUUAUUAAUUUGGCUCCAUCCUUCUUGCAUGCAUGCAAGUUUGGUUGUCCAACUUGUUGCGUUCCGUGACGAGAGUCUGUCGGUAAAUCGACAAUGGCGAUCGCGACGCCUCGCAGCUCCCUCAUCAUCAUGUUCGUCCUCCUCGUCUCGUCCGCUUCCUUGGUCGUCGAUGGUGGCAGCAUCGUCAAGGAGACCUGCGCCAAGACGCCGCAGCCGAGCUACUGCGAGCAGCUCCUCAAGUCCAGCUCCGCGUCGGACGCGCGCGCGCUGGCCCAGGCCGGCGUCGCCGCCGCCUCUAAGGCGGCCACCGAGGCUGCUACCGCCGCCAAAGCGGAGCGGGACAAACUCCCCAACAACAAGACGCAGUGGCGGUGCAUGGACAGCUGCGCGUCGGGGUUCGAUGAGGCGACGAAUAAGUUUAAGCCAGCCGCUGGCGGGAACGCCACGGGAGUCGACGCGGGUCUCACGGACGUGCUCGACUUCAUCGUGGUGGAUGAAGACGUGGAGAAGUCCAAGGACUGGGAGUGGAAGUGGAGCUGCAACGAGUGCAAGGCGGAUCCCACGGCGCCGGCAGGACUCGUCGCCAAGAACAAGGAGUUCGACAAGAUCAUGGAGGUCCUGCCUGCCAUCAUCAAGCAGGCAGUCGAGGGCAAGGACAAUUCCACUAAAUCGGCCACCAAAUCCUAGAAAGUGAACGACUUCGUUAUGACUUUCAACCUUCGCCCUUGAUGCGUUGCUAUUGCGCCAUCCCGUCUGGUCCACACCAACAGCGAGCAGGGUGUCGUCAUACACUACUUUGUUAGAGAAGCUUAUCACUCGAAGGCAGGAGACACCGCCUUUAGCUUUAGGACCAUAAUUUGGUCUUGUCAUUUCUCUUUUGCAAACUGACCGGUUUCAUCUUAAUUUUGUUCCUUAUGGUACAUUUUGGAUA